AGGAACAGAUAUGAAUUAUACAUAUGCGCAUCUUAGCAAUCUGAACAGUGAAGCCGUCUUGAAACUUCCGUUCCAUAUUUCAACGCGGCCCUAAAACCAAGUCUGAAGCUUCCAAAUUUGACGCCAUAUCUCUCCCAUUCCCCACUCCACACAUUGGAUUAUAUAUAAUUCAAUGUGCCUUUUCGCUCCGGUUUUUCUAAUCCCACGUCGUCAUCUUCCCUUUUAAACCCACCUGUUCUUCCCUUUCUUUAUCGCAUCGCACCCAUUUCCUUCUGGAUUUCACCUACUCGAUUCUUUACUGAUCUCAAUGGGUAGGCGUGGAUUUUUCGAUCUCGAGAGGCAUUUUGCAUUCUAUGGCGCUUAUCACAGCAACCCAAUUAAUAUUUUCAUUCAUAUUCUCUUCGUUUGGCCUAUCUUCUUCACUGGCCUCAUGCUUUUCUAUUAUACCCCUUCCUUCUACUCUUUUCCCAAAUGCCCUUGUGGCUUCAAUACUGGCCUUGUUUUGAAUUUUGGGUUCUUGUUUGCUUUGCUUUAUGGUGUUGUUUAUAUACUUUUUGACAAGAGAGCUGGAUUUUUGGCUGCUUUUAUGUGUUUUCUCUGCUGGGUUGGAGCUAGUGUUUUCGCUUUUAAACUUGGAUGGACUCUUACUUGGAAGGUAGUGUUGGCUGCUCAGUUGUUCUGCUGGACUGGUCAGUUUAUUGGCCAUGGCGUGUUUGAGAAACGAGCACCUGCUCUCGUCGACAACCUUACUCAAGCUUUCUUAAUGGCUCCAUUCUUUGUUGUAUUGGAGAUUCUUCAUUCUUUAUUCAAAUACGAACCGUAUAGUGGUUUUCACGCGAACGUUAAAGCAAGGAUAGAAGCUGAGAACAAAGUUUGGCAAGACAAGAAAGAAAAAAAGAGUUCUUAACUCGAAUCCCCUUUUUUAGUUGUAUAACAGAGAAGUUAUGUAUCAAUACGUAUGUAUGUCGUCGCGUAGUCGAUACGUUGUUUGGUUUGUUUGGAAUUUGUCUAAUGGAAAAGCAGCUUCAAAUUUGUUUUGAAAAUUUCAGUAAAUAGAAUUUGCAUACUGUUUUUAUUUGAAUA